UGCUUGCGAACUACCAACGCGCCGCUGCAGUCAGGCGAUCUCCAUUAUCGUGUUCUCCCAUUUUUCCAAAUGCUCUAUCCCUGCUCUUGAACCGAAUCGAGCAAUGAACGUGCAUUCUUUCCUCAUUAUCUUCUUCCUCCUCACCACCGCUGCUGGAACCACCGAACCAACACUCAACGACGACCUGCUCGGACUCAUCGUAUUCAAAGCUGAUCUUCUCGACCCUCAAUCGAAACUCGCGUCUUGGAAUGAGGAAGACGCUGAUCCAUGCGGUUGGGUAGGCGUCAAGUGCGAUUCUCGCACGCACCUCGUCGUCGAGCUAUCACUGGACGGCUUCGGUCUUUCUGGAAAGAUUGGGCGUGGUCUUCUUCAGCUCAGCUCCCUUCGGAAGCUCUCGCUCUCUCGAAACAAUUUCUCCGGCGCUCUGAACGCUGAUCUGACCCGUCUUGAGAAUCUUCAUACUGUUGAUCUCAGCUAUAAUGCUCUUUCUGGACCCAUUCCUAGCAAGUUCUUUUGGCAAUGUCGGUCGCUCCGGUCGGUUUCGAUAGCCGUUAAUCGGUUAUCCGGCGAGAUUCCGGCGAGUGUCGGCGAUUGCUUGACUCUUGCAUCGUUGAAUUUAUCGUUUAAUUGGAUUUCGGGGAGUUUGCCGAGAGAGAUUUGGUCUUUGUAUGGGCUUAGGGUGAUUGAUCUCUCUGGAAAUUUUCUUGUUGGAAAAAUUCCGGAUGGAAUUGGACGAAUGAUCAAUCUAAGGACGGUGAGCUUGAAAAGGAAUUGGUUAUCGGGGAUUUUGCCUGAUGAAAUUGGGGACUGCUUGCUGCUGCGCACGCUAGAUUUGGGGGAGAAUUUGCUCUCUGGGUUUCUCCCGGAGACAAUUCGAAGGCUUACCAUGUGCGGUUAUCUCAGCUUGAGAUCGAAUAAAUUCUCUGGGGACGUGCCUAUGUGGCUUGGUGAUAUGAAGAAUUUGCAGACUCUGGAUUUAUCAAACAAUGGCUUCACCGGCCAAGUUCCGGAUUCAAUCGGCAAUUUACAGGUCUUGAAAUGGCUGAAUUUUUCUGAAAAUAGGUUAACGGGUAACUUGCCGGAAUCCAUGGCUAGUUGCAGAAAUCUGGUUGAGGUGGAUUUUAGCAGGAAUUCAUUGGUGGGAAACCUUCCUUCAUGGUUGUUUCAACUGGGUAUUGAGAAGAUUCUGCUUUCAGGGAACAAUCUCAAUGGGUCUGUUAGAAUUCCCACUUCCUCAGAACAGACAUUACAGAUCUUGGAUUUAUCUGCUAAUAUGUUUUCUGAUCUGAUUCCGCUGGAAAUAGGAGGGCUAUUAAGGUUACAGUUGUUGAAUUUAUCCCACAAUUUAUUCAUCGGUUCCAUUUCUGAUAUCUUUGGGAAAUUGAAGGUUUUAGAAGCUGUUGAUCUAGGCUCGAACCAACUUAAUGGGAACAUUCCACAGGAGAUUGGAGCAGCAGUUUCUCUGAAGGUUCUGAAGCUUGAUAAGAAUACGCUCAGUGGAGGAAUUCCUGUCCAGAUUGGGAACUGUUCUUCUCUGACAUCUUUGAUACUGUCUCAUAACAAUCUCUCAGGCCCAAUUCCUCCUACUCUGGCCAAACUCACUAGCCUUCAGAUCAUAGACCUGUCCCAAAAUGGCCUCAAUGGAAAGCUUCCAAAAGAACUUUCAGCACUUCCCCUUCUACUCUCCUUGAACAUCUCCCACAAUUUCUUCUCCGGCGAAAUUCCAUCUGCCUUACUCAACAAAAUUCCUCCUUCCUCCCUUUCUGAUAACCCAGAUCUAUGUGGCUCUGCAGUUAAUCGCUCAUGCACCACAGUUCUUCCAAAGCCCAUUGUCCUGAACCCCAACUCCUCAUCCCACUCCUCACCAAACUCUGAAUUCUCCCCGGAGAAUCUCCGUCAUAAGAAGAUCAUCCUUAGCAUCUCUGCUCUCAUCGCCAUCGCAGCUGCAGUUUUGAUAGCUCUUGGUGUCAUAACAGUCACCCUCCUGAACCUUCAUGUUCGUGCUGCCACUUCGCACUCCGCCGCCACCCUUAACAUCUCCGACGAUUACUUAAGCCAGUCACCAGCCACCGAUGCCAAUUCUGGCAAGCUUGUCAUGUUUGGUGGUGGUGAUCAUGACUUCAGCGCUGGGGCACAUAACAUUCUUAACAAAGACUGUGAGUUAGGCCAUGGCGGCUUUGGGACAGUUUACAAGACUGUCCUCCGAGACGGUAGGCCUGUUGUCAUCAAGAAGCUCACUGUCUCAAGCCUUGUGAAGUCCCAAGAUGAUUUCGAGAGGGAGAUCAGAAAGAUUGGUAAGAUGAAGCACCCAAAUCUAGUAGCCAUGGAAGGAUAUUAUUGGACAAAGUCACUCCAGCUCCUCAUCUAUGAAUUUGUUUCUGGCGGGAGCUUAUUCAAACACCUGCAUGAGAGCGCAGAAUUGAACUGCCUCUCUUGGCAAGAGAGGUUUGAUAUAAUUCUCGGUGUGGCGAGGAGCUUGGCUCAUCUUCAUUGUCAUGGCAUCAUCCAUUACAAUCUGAAAUCCAACAAUGUCCUUAUUGAUGGAUCUGGUGAGUCCAAACUUGCAGAUUAUGGCCUGGCAAAGUUACUUCCAAGGCUCGACCAUUACAUUCUUAGCAGCAAGAUUCAGAGUGCACUUGGGUACAUGGCGCCGGAGUUCGCCUGCCAGACGGUAAAGAUCACCGAGAAGUGCGAUGUAUACGGGUUUGGUGUGCUUGCGCUUGAGGUCAUAACAGGGAGAAAGCCGGUGGAGUAUAUGGAAGAUGAUGUGGUGGUUCUUUGUGAUGUUGUUCGAGGGGCACUUGAUCAAGGGAGGGUGGAGGAGUGCUUGGAUGGCAGGCUUGGAGGCAAGUUUCCUGUGGAGGAAGCUGUGCCUGUGGUGAAGCUAGGUUUGAUUUGCACUUCGCAGGUGCCGUCGAACCGGCCUGACAUGAGUGAGGUAGUAAAGAUAAUGGAGCUGAUCAGAUGCCCUCAGGAUAGCCAAGGAGAUGAGUUGUGCUAGCUUUAUUGUUGCCUCUACUCUCUUGGCUUUCUCUGGUUUUUUCUUAUUCUUUUAGAUGUGGUGAGGGAGAUUGCAGGAAGGGAGAAGGUGAAAGUCUGCAGUAUGUUUGUUUGAUCAGAUUGUGAGGAACUGGAGCCCGGAUGGGUUUCAGUGAGAUGGGAGAGAAAUGUUCUUGUAGAAGUUUUGAACAGAUGAUGGUUGUGUUUUCUUGUAUGAGAAUUCAGGAUGUCAAAACGUUACUUUGCUUAGGGCAGUGAACAAGCCGAGUGUUGCUCAUUUAAAAUUAAUUAUAUUUGAAGUUGGCUCUCAUUCAAAA